UCUAGUGACAAGCAGACGCGACUCUUUUAUGUGCAAAACAGUUUGUAAGCGCGUUACUAUGUUAUAAGAAAGUGAAUGCUACCAUCUAUCAUCUGGCAUCCACUUGUUUGUUUUUGUCUAGAAGUUGUCAUUAGUUUCGGUAUAAACAUUUUCAGGUAAACCGUAAGAGAUCGAGCAAUGCCAGUUGUCGAAUAUCGUCUCGGUGUUGGCUCCAAUGAGUGAAAGCGUCAGAAACCCCUUGUUCGCAGGUCUAAAUUUAUUUUGAGGCCAACAAGAAAGGAGAGGUUUUGGAGAUGACUUGGACGACUCGCCGUUAGGACCUGCAUUGCUGAAAGAGUGAAGUGUUUCUGUUUUUAUUGUGCCCGGUCUCACCUUCUUGAAGAAUGGAUACAGCAGUCAGUCCGAUAGACCUCCCCUUGUUACCCACUCCUUCGACCAGUUCUGCUAGUCCCAGUGUUGAGCUCAGGCAUGACUUUGAAGUUCUCAGUAGCAAUGCUACUGAUUUCUCCUCUGCGCACACAAGCCCUGACGAUUUCAGAAACUCUCACUCAAAAGAAUGUGAAGUGAUGUGUCCUGAACCCAAGAGUAACAUCGCAGACAGCCUGAAAAUCCCUCAGCGUAAACAGCAACGACCCUGCCCAGUGGUGUAUGAAAGUCAGAUAUCACCAGAGCUAGAAGGAAUAAAACUCAAGAUUAAAAAGUCUCCAACUCAAGAAGUGUUACACCAGAGCACAUCUACAGCGGCAACUGGUGCGAAAAACAGACCCAAAACUGUCAGAUUGAAAACACCUAGAGCCCGAAAACCGGCGGCGACGAAGGCGGGUGCCAAAGGCAGAAAACGUAAGAGAAGGAAGAAAGGCCAAUCCGACGAUGGAACGGACGAGGAGGAAGAAGAAGAGGAUCAAAAUUAUUUCUUGGACGUGAACGGCUCAUCGGCGGGACACACUAAUGAUAACAAUGGAGCUCAAAGUGUUUGGGCAAAUGAGAGAAUGCCCCCAGAAAUUUUGUUCAAGAUUUUCAUGGAAGUGACUUAUACUGAAGGAUGCGUUCCUACGUUAGUCAUGUUAUCCCACGUUUGUCGCCUGUGGUGGGAAGUUUCUACCGAUCCAUUAUUAUGGCAUACGGUUGACUUAGCUACAGGAAGAGUUAACGAAAAAUACCGAACAGAGCGUAAACUUGUUUGGCUCCUUCAGAAUCGGUUGUCCCGCGUCCAAGAUUUGGCUUUAGGUGGAUGGAAUUCUGCAUUGAGUCGUGCUGCGGUUGAGGGCUUGUCUCAAACCUGCAAUGAUCUCCAAGCGCUGAGCCUUAAUGGGUGCAAAGGUUUGAUGGGUGAGAGUCUAUUGAACGUUAUACAAAACUGCAAAAGCUUACAAAGGCUUGACCUGUCGGCCAUCUCGCCUUACACGGCCAAUCCACGGGGCGCCAUUUCUAGCGGAACCCUGUGUGAGUUGUCUAAGGUAAUGGGCAGUCGACUGUCCCAUUUGAAUUUGGCAAAUAACUGCACGACGGGAAUCCAGCAAAUUGUCGUCGCUCUAGCGGUUUCUUGUCCUAAUCUGCAAGUGUUGGACUUGUCGAACCUCCGGACAGCAACGCGGGAUACGGUUUGCAUCAACAUCGAACAAUUGCAAGAAGGUUGUCCCAAGUUGAGGGUCUUGCGUUUGACUAACAGCCUCAUCCGGCUCUCGGCCACACCUCUCAAAGACCAAGCCGCCUCACUGGGAUUUCCUCACCUAGAGGAGCUUAGCAUUGCCGUCGACCCCAAGGCCUACAUCUCGCUGGAUAAUGCUUCAAUUGAACGUAUUCUUAAGAACGCCCAUAAACUCCGUCUGCUAGACGUCCGUGGAUGUAUAUCCAUUACCAAUUCUAGUUUGGUACGUGUUCCGGCCUGGGAUCUCGAACAUCUAUUUUUAUCAGGCUGUACUGCUACGCGCCACUCAGCCGACGGAUUGGAAUUAGUAAUCCGCAAAUGGCGCCAUAGUCUGAUCGAAAUCGAUCUCUCCUGGACAUCUGUUAGUGAAGCCCUCGAUCAGGCCGUCAUGGCACUUGCUGAAGACUCAGAUUCACCCCUCAAGGUUUUAGAUUUGUGUGGUUCAUCGGUCAGCUUUCCGCCCAUCCGUCAAGUGUUGUGUCAUUGCACUCGACUGCGUACGUUGAAUCUUUCUUCUUGUCGUGCUCUCCCGCGUGGAAUUAAACGCCUUUAUGAUGGCGUAACUCAACUUUCCUUGUUGAGAACGGCUAUUCAAGCCGGACGGUUUGACGACAACAAUGAUCAAGCCGACGAUUGACGAGAAAGAAACCACACACAAUUCACCAACCGUUUUCAUAAUACUGACCUUUCAUUUAAAAAAAAAAUCACUCCCCUAAUACCUCCCCCCCCCCACUCCUUAUAAUUAUAUCUCUCCGGUGAUACCGGGCCGUCUUUUUUAAAUUAUUAGUAAUUUUGACCAAAGUGGAUGACGAAGCAAUAGGGCAAACAAUGCGUCUGUGUCUUCCCCUCAGCCACUUUAGUUGUACUGUUGUAUUUUAUGGUAUGUCCCAGUCGUCGGACUACGGAGACGAUUCGAAAAAAAAAACAAUACUCCGUCUCAGUCGACUUUAUUAUUAUUAUACUUAUAGUGUGUUCAAAAAGUCCAUGCCCAUGCCAUAUACGACAAAUACUGAAAGGUGUUAUUAAGUUUUUAAGAAUGUUUUUUUCCCAUUUUUACAAACGACAAAUUAAUAUCCCCCCUCUCCACAGGUUAAACAAAAAAAAAAUUGUUUCUUUUCCUUUUUUGUUGGAUCAGCUUCCUGAACUGUUACGACAUUGUGUACUUGUUUCUUCAUCUCACAUUUUAACCCCUCGGAAUUUUUCGCUCUUCUCGCCCCCCUCCCACUUCCGUCUUUUUCCUCUUCCUACAUACCGAAAGCCAAGUAUUGAAAGACUAUAAGGAAACAUUUUUUUACAUAGUUCAAAGGCUUUUGCACAACUCAUCAUUGUUUGGUAUCAUUGUAAGUGUGAGCGUGUGCGUGUCUCAUUAGCCCAUCAUCUUAGCCUCGGGAGUUGCGCCGUUCGUCGUCGUGAUUUUGUACAGCAUGGAGGAGUUGGAAACCUGAAGUUUGACCCUUUUGGUUUACUCUCCAGUAUAAGAUCAUCGACUAAUUAUUCGUGUAUGCUGUUCAUAUUUUACAAAAAUAUACUCCCUGGACCUAAGA